CUGGAGAAAAAGAAAAAAAAAAAGCCGGGAUGAUCUGGUUUGGAAUGCCUUUGUUCGUCUAUCUGCUUGGCUAUGGCAGAUAUGGAUCUAGACUAACAAAAGCAUUAAGAACAGACUAUAAAAAAUCAAUUGUUCGGCUGAAGACCUUUAACAAAUUCACGAAACUGUAGUUGAGUGUCACUCUAACCAUUUUAGCUAAAAUGGAGGGAGACACGAAAUUAUUUUUUCUCUCAUCGAACUUUUUCAGGAACAAUUCUUGACAAAUGUACUUUGAAUAUGUUACGAUGAACUCCAUGCUUUGCUAAUGUUAUUGCUCGUUUAACUUAUUUAUUGAAAGAACAUUAUACACAUUGUCCACGAUGGAGGUGAGUUUUGUCAGUUUGGUUCGGCAGUUGUGUAAACAUCAUGUUGAAAAAAUGAUCAAAGAUUUGGAUUAUUUUUCUCAACCAGUACGACUGCAAGGGGACCACAACCAACUUGUGAAGAGGUUCCAGAUUAAAGCUUACAAUGCAUUAUUUGGUUACCUUGAGCAACUGGCAAGGCAGCAGAAAACUGGCUCAAACAAGACAUCAAUAUCUGGUAUCAACCAGCAAUUGGUGAAGUUACUGUCUUGUGUGGUGGUUCUUUUACAACAGAACAAACACGAAGAAAGCCAACAGUUACAGGUACUAGUGGAGAAAUUACUCAAGUUGGAUUCAGAUAAAUUGGAGUCUUGUCUGAGAUUUUUACUGCAGUUAGCAGGCUCAGGUGAACAGAAAAAGGACUUCUUGGCUAUCAAAGGAACCAUUACCAACCAAGAAAAAAUACUAUGCUGAAACUCGUUGGCUUUGACUAUUUGAAAUCUACUCAGAAAUAUUCCUCACAAAAUGCUAGUUUCAUGUAUUAUUCCCUCUAUCCCAGGGAGUUAUUUGAGUCUAAUGGGUUGGAUUGCUCUCAUGACUGGCAAGAGAUAUUUGCAAAAUCCCCAGGACAGGGUCUGUCUGACAAUUUCCGUGUAAAGAAUAUCCUCAACGAUAACCAUGAAAACCUUACACAGAGGACAUUGUAUGGUGCUCUCAGCCAUCGCAGUGUUUACAAUCUGGACCUUAAACUGGGCCUACCUGACCUGCUACCAAACCAACAAAGGCAUCUUGUGUGUCCCAAAAUUCGUUCGGUUAAAACUGUGCCAAUGAGGACUUCUUCGCCAUUGUUUGAUGAAGGAUUUCUUGAUGAAGAGACUUCUCGUGAAGAAGAGGUGUCUCCAAUAGUAACCACACUGGAAGCUUCCUCCAAUGACAGCGGCAUUUCUCAGCCAUCGGAUUUGAAGACCAGUAUUUGGGAUGCUGCGCUGUCGUUCAAACCAAGUGAACAUUAUACAUGGGAAACUGUUGGAAAACAUCCAGGAUUACAAGAACUGCCUUACCUCACUGAGGCUGGUCCAGAAGCAGUGGACAAAAUAUUUGCUGUUAAACUCAACGAGAUGUCCAUAUUAUGUCCCAGUCUUCAAGAAGCAUCUAAAGUUACUGUCUCUGUUAAGCAGCUUGUCAAUGAUAUUCUUCAGUUACUCGUUGGGGUCCCAUCUCACCUGUUUCUACUAAACAAGGAAACUCAGAAAUUUUAUAUGAAAGACUGGAUUUGUGUAUCAGGGUUAACACCAACAUCAGUGGAUAACCUGCUUGCACCAUUUGUAGAAUCUGGUAGCACCUACCAUCAGCUGUCCUUGUUAGUACAGCUACCCGUCCAUAAAAUUACCGACAGUGGUGGACACACAUAUCAGGCUUUCAUACAAGCUAUUGACAACUACCUACUCUACUACCGAGCUGCCGUUUUGUCUAUUCCCAAAGAUAUUACAUUGCUUCAGCUGGAGUUUUAUUGCCGUCGACUGGUGAAACAAUUGAAGUUCCUGUCAGGCCUCUGUCGCUCUAAUGGACAGAUUAACAGCACACCAUCCAUUCCUGUUGGCUUAGAAUUACUUGAUUAUUUAUAUAAGAAAACUGUUGAGAUGUGGGACAGCGAACAGUAUUACCUGAUGCUUUCCAUAUUCCAGAGAGCCUGCACUCCAUUUGCUCUCUACCUACAGAAUUGGGUAUUUCAUGGUGUUUGCAAAGAUGAGUAUGGUGAAUUCAUGAUAAAGAUAUCCGACAACAUCGUCCAGCUAACAGGUAAAGAGAACUGGAAUGACGGUUUCCAGUUGCAGAUUCCUUCAACUGCCAAUGGUUUCCUUGAAUUUUUAUCUGGUGUGUUGCAUGACAUCUUCACCUGUGGCCAAUCUCUCAAUCUCAUCCGAAUUUGCAGUCCUCAGCACUUCAUCUGCAACGUGAACAAUAACGAAGUCCCUCAGAUCCGCUUCUUCCAUUCCAAGAAUGAGUUGAAGUCCCUACAGCAGUACAGCCAGUGUUACUUCAGUCGUCUCCACCAGAUAGCACGGCAGACUAUGCAGGCCAGGCUGGAACGCAAGGAAAAGUUGAUCCAGAUGAAGAAAGAUUUAGCUGCCAAAGCACAGGAGAUGGCUGCCUCUGAACUGAAGAGGAUUAACACUGAAUUAGAGAAUAUAAAGAAAUUACAGCAAGAGAAAAAGAAAAAAGAAUUUCAACUCCUUAAAGAACAAAUGGAAGAAGCUCAGCUUAGAAAGCUGAAGGAGAAAGAGAUGAGGAAGAAAGCUGAUGAGUUGUCCGAAAAAGAACAGUCUCUCAUGAAGGCCAAGGCCGAGAUGGAAGCUGAAAUCAAAGAGAAAAUCAAGCGUCAUUAUGCUGACCUGAGUGAACAGGCUGCACUGAGGGAAGAGAAGGCCCUGUGGAAUGUACGGCGAGCGAGGUUGAAUGAUCAGCGGACGGAAUUUUUGAAGGCAGAUGAACGUAAAUGGAAAGCUAUAAUGGAAGAAUGGAAGUCAAAGCGAACAAAGGAUGACAACGUAGAUGGCAUUGCAAUACUGCCACAAGAACUGGACCCUAAUCUCCCACAGUGGGCCAAAUCUGCCUUAACUACUGCACGUACAGGCCAGGAAGCGGAACUUCGUGAUGUUGACCCUAAUCUUCCAUCUUGGGCCAGACAUGGUGACAGCAAACCCCUAAUGACCAUUGUUGAUGAUGCUGACAGGGAGGAAGAAAAAGAAGAUUCUCCGUCACUUCCCAUUGCUAAAGUACUGUCUGAAGAGAAACUACCUUCUUGGGCCAAAAAGGGUAUUUCUUCUGUAGAUGGAGUUGUAAAAGAUAUUCCCCUUGGUUCUGGUGAGUCUGGUGACACAGUCACUAAACAAAAGACAGCUGGUGUCCAAUUUCCUCAAAAGCCUGAAGCUGGGGACCAGUUGAUCUAUCCCAAUAGCUUUAAAACAGUGAAACGGAAAACAGACUCAACGAAUACAGAUUCCGGAAUCAAAUCUGUUGAUCAACAAACUCCGACAGCAAGCAAGCCUAUUUCUCCGCCCGAAGAACAGCCACUGGUUUCCCAUAGAAAGCAAGUUGAAGGCCAUUCAAUCACCAAGGAGAGUUCUGCUACCCCUGAAGUUGAUCAGGUGACUUUACAUAGGAAACAGGUGGAGAAUCAGUCUAUAUCUAAAGAGAGUGCUCCUACCUCCGGAGGAGAUACGAUAAUCCCACACAAAAAACAGGUGGAGGAUCAGUCUGUAUCUAAAGAGAGUGCUCCUAUGUCUGGAGGAGAUGUAAUAAUUCCGCAUAAAAAACAGGUGGAGGAUCAGUCUGUAUCUAAGGAGAGCUCAACUACCUCCGGAGGAGAUACGAUAAUCCCCCACAAAAAACAGGUGGAGGAUCAGUCUGUAUCCAAAGAAAGCUCGACUACCUCUGGAGGAGAGGUAGUAAUCCCACAUAAAAAGCAAGUAGACGAUCAAUUUGUGUCUAAGGAGAGUUCAGCUACCUCCGGAGGAGAUACAGUAAUACCACGUAGAAAACAAGUGACGGAUCAGUGCGUAUCCAAUGAAAGUGCAGCUAUCUCGAGAGGUGAUGUUGUGAUCCCUCAUAGAAAAUGGGUUGAGAAUCAGUCGGUAUCAAAGGAAAAUUAUGGCUUCCUUCCCGAGACACAAGUCGUCCAUCGAAGAAAGAGCGUGGACAGUCAGGGCAUCCACCAACAGACGUACGAUGCGUCCCCCACUGACUUGGUUGUUCACAGAAAGAAAAAGUCCCAAACCAAUCUGUCACCCAGGAGUCGUCCGAAUCGACAUUACUACAGACAUUCAGGCAUUUUCAUCUCACCAGCCCUCAUUGGACACGGUUACUAUGAAUUUGAACUUCCCGUCUUGAAGCAACCCAAAGAUCUGUAUGCUCAGGAAACUGAUAUGAAAGAUUUCUCCAUUCGACGGAAGAGCGGAGUUUUCCUGUCCGAUGAUCUCCCGGUUGUCAGCUCCAGUUUAUCAUCCCAGCUUCCAAAAGUGAAGACACACAACAAAAUGUCCAGCACAAUGUCAGCAACAACAGAAUCUGAGCCAACAGACGACGAUGCCAGCAAGAGAGCCCGCUUCAAGCAGAGGAACAUACAUGGCCAUGCUUCAGAUUCGACAAUCCAAAAACUGCUGUAUGGCAGGAAGACCAGUUCCUCACCUGAGAAUCAAUCGAAUGUCGAUAACGAAGAGGACAGAAUAGGUCCAGCUGAAGGGUUUGAAGCCAUGUUCAAGUCUUGGAAGGAAUCUUUCACGGAACCUUAUAACUGUUCUUUUAACUUUGAAAGUGGCCACUUGCUGAACAUUGGUGGUAAUUUGAACCAGAUAGCAUCAGGUAGAUCAGGUAUCAGCUCAAACGCAUCUGUUGAAGAUUUAGAAGCGUAUCACCAAUCUCCUUUAUCAGUUCUUAUUCAACAGUCCAUCCAGAAUCCUUUGAUGGAUCAAAUCAAGCUUGUGAACAAAUGUGCCUUAGACUACUUUUUAACCGAAUUAUCCAUUGAGGAACACUUCUCAGCAAUGUGGCGCUAUCUUAUCAUGGGUGAAGGAGACUUUGCUUUCAAUCUUACCAGUUUACUUUUCGAAAAGCUCUCCAUGAACCCACAUCCUAAUGAGAUCCUCAACCCUAUCUUUCUAAACAGCAUCAUAAAUCAGGCUUUUAAAUGUUCUAUCUCUGCUGAAGAUAAAUACAUCAAAAACCUCAGCUUUGAAAUCACCGAAGAUUCUUCAUCAACUGUGAAGGACGAUGCCAAAAUAUUGGAAUGUUUAAAUCUUGCAUACAAGGUUGAUUGGCCCCUAAAUAUCAUCAUCAACAAGGAGUGUCACCGAAAAUAUCGGCAACUCUAUCUAUUUCUGCUCCAACUUCGCUAUGCUAUGUGGUUGUUGGAACAGAUUUGGCGCCAACUGAAACGAGAUGCAAUGGUGAACCAUGUACCUCACUUCAGUAGGGAGACACAGUUCCAUAGGGUCCAAACAUUUGGCUAUAUAAUGCGGGAGUUUGUGAAGGCUCUUCAAAACUUUUUCGUGAACCAGGUGCUGUAUAUUUCGUGGACCAACUUUCAGAAGGCUUUUCACACAAAGGUGUUCAGCCUCGAUGACUUACAUAAACUGCACAUGGAUUUCUUAGAUACGUCACUUAAACAAAGCUUAUUCAUGUCCCCGUCCAACCAUAUGAUGGCUGCAAUCAAAAACAUGUUUAGUCUCAUUCUGGCUUUCUACCAGACUCUCAGGAGCCAUACUUGGCACCGUGACAGAAACGGAGGACCCAUCAAACAUCCAAACUUUCCUCGAUUGUUGAAACUUUAUGAAGACUUCUGUAGAUAUUCCAAACACUUUUAUGAUGUAAUUUCUGCCUUGGCACAACAAAACUGUGAACCUCACCUGCAGGACCUUGUUCUCUUGCUCAACUACAACAAUUGGUUUUCACAGAGCCAUUAAACAGUAGCAAAACAAUAUUGUAUAAAGCUUAUUUUAAUUUUUUUAC